UACCUUCAAACGGCCACGCCGCCGUGAAGGUAAAUACACGGGUGGAGGAGUCGGAAGUAGACUGAGGCUGACCGGCUCCGCGAUCCUUCAGCUGCGGGCGGACACGAAUGCGGCAGGAAGCGGGCGCGUUACGCAAUAAAGCGCUCGCCGCUCCGCACUUUCUGCUCUGCACAAAUACAGCAUUGGCUGCUUCCACGGCGAGCUGACUGAAAUCUACGGUUUAACCGGCGAAUGUUCAGCGUCAUAUAUUAGAUUGCUGGGACCGGGUUGCAGUCUCGACCCGGUGCCGCUUGUUUACCACCGGGAGGAGGAGAACCGGCGUGACUCCUUCUACAGUCAUGCCGACAGAAAUAGGCUGCGCGAAUGAAACGCAUUACUACUGAAUGAACUCGUCCUACUCAGUCGUUACGCUCCGCUCAUUCCCUCUGCGCGCGCACGAAUCUUUAUUCAUAAUAACACGUUUCAUAAUCGACCCCUGCUCGUUAAACUACGCAGAGUUAGUUUAUAUGGGUCAUGGACAUUUUUUUAAAUAUAUAUAGUGAAGAAAUCGUUCGCAGUGGCCAAGUCGAUCAUAGGACCAGAUCUGCUAUAAAUAAAGCUUCAUUGCUGACCGACUACUCUCGAAUGAGACGGAAGAGGGCAGAGUGAUAGUAGGAGGGCUUUUCCUACGCUCCCUCUCUCUCUCCCUCUUUGAACGAGGCCAUCUCACUCCUGCAUUCAUCCCGUUUCCACCAAUAAGCCCAAUGAGCUGACUGCGCACCACCCACUAUCGCCGUGUGUAUUUUUUUCCUUCUCCUUCGCCUUCUUUUUUUAAACCGGGGCUGGAUGUGUAGCUCGUCACAUGUUGUUUUCUCCCCACAGUCCGGACACCUGGAGAGAUGCGUUAUUUAUUGAUCGGCUUCGGGGGAAAACGAACGGACGCGCAGCCGGCUCUGGAAGCGGAGGAUUAAAACAGGAGCGCGUCGUUUCUUCGGCAACUCGAGCGACGGGAGCGGCGCGUCUCGCGGCCGACGACGGGAGAAUGGCGAGUCCGCCGAGCACCGGGGAGCAGCCGCUGUCGCCCGGCGGUGCGCACGCGAGCCGGAUCAAGAAGUGCGGCUAUCUGAGGAAGCAGAAACACGGACACAAGCGCUUUUUUGUGCUGAAGGAGCCGAGCGACGGCUCUCCGGCGCGGCUGGAAUACUACGAGAGCGAGAAGAAAUGCAAAAACAAGUCGGCCGCGAAGAGAGUUAUUCCUCUGGACUGUUGCCUCAACAUCAACAAGAGAGCGGACGCCAAACACAAGCAUCUCAUCGCUCUUUACACCAAGGAUGAAUACUUCGCCGUGGCGGCGGACAACGAGCAGGAGCAGGAGAGCUGGUACCGGGCGCUGGCGGAUUUGUUGGCGGAGGGGAAAGUGAGCGACGGCUCCGCGUCCAACUCCGCGUCGUCGCUCGUCGGCUUCGACGAGGCGAGCUACGGCGUGAUGACGCCGGUGAGCGCAGCCUACAGGGAGGUCUGGCAGGUCAAUCUGAAGUCCAAGGGCCUGGGCCAGAGCCGGAAUCUGACCGGCGUCUACAGACUGUGCCUCUCCAGCCGCACCAUCAGCUUCGUCAAGUUAAACUCGGAGGUCGCGUCCGUCGUGCUGCAGCUGAUGAACAUCCGGAGGUGCGGCCACUCGGACAGCUUCUUCUUCAUCGAGGUCGGCCGAUCGGCGGCCACGGGUCCCGGGGAGCUGUGGAUGCAGGCGGACGACUCCGUCGUGGCGCAGAGCAUCCACGAAACUAUCCUAGAAGCCAUGAAAGCCAUGAAGGAGCUGUCGGAGUUCCGGCCGCGCAGCAAAAGCCAGUCGUCCGGCACGAACCCCAUCUCGGUGCCGACGCGGAGGCACCUGAACCAUCUGCCGCCGAGUCAGACCGGGCUGCCGCGGCGCUCGCGCACCGACAGCGUGGCCACGUCUCCCGUCAGCAAGAUUUCCUCGUGUCGAAUACGCACGGCCAGCGAAGGCGACGGCACGAUGACACGCCCCAUGUCGGUGACAGGAAGCCCCCUCAGCCCGGGGGUCCACAGGACCCUGCUGAGCCGAUCUCACACCAUUACGACUCGGCCCAGUCGAACGUUCGAAUCCUCCCCCCUCCAGCACAGCAAGUCCAUGUCCAUGCCCCUGUCCCCCUCCCCGCCCACGGCCGCCCCGAGCCUGGUGAGUCUGUCGUCCUGCCCGGACGGCGGCGCCCCUCGCCCCUCCAGCUGCAGCGCCUCCUUCUCAGGCUCGCCCACCGAUGCCGGUUUCAUAUCUUGCGAGGAAUACGGCUCUAGUCCCGCGGAUGCACGGGACCUCCGGCUGCCCCUCACCCUCCGUAGCAACACUCCGGAGUCUCUCAGAGCGGACACCCCUCCCUCCCGGGACGGCAGCGAGCUCGACGGCUACAUGGUGAUGGAGCGCCAGCACCAGAACGGCCACCGCCGCCUGUCGGAGCUGGACAAGGCUUAUCGAAAGCGCACAUAUUCGCUCACCACCCCUCGCCAACACAGGGGUCCCCCUCAGGUGUCCUCAGCCUCCCUGGACGAGUACACGCUGAUGAGAGCCACGUACACUAGUGGAAGCCAGCCUUUCCGCAGGUGCCACACUGCCUCGCCUAAAGGCACCUACCCCGAAGACUACAGGGAUGUUCAAAUGGGCUCCAACAGUAUUCAAGCUGACAGUGGCUACAUGCCCAUGAUGCCAGGCGUGGCGCCCCAGACGCCAGGGUCCAAGGAGGACCCCUACAUGCCCAUGAGUCCAAUGUGCGUUUCUGCCCCAAAGCAGAUCAUCAACCCCCGUUCACACUCUUCAGUGGGGCCUGUCACCAGCACAGACUCUCCCGGGAGUGUUUCUCUGGAGGACAGUGGCUACAUGCGCAUGUGGUGCGGCACCAAGAUGUCAAUAGAGAGCACUGAUGGAAAGCUCGCUAAUGGAGAGUAUCUGAACAUGUCUCCUGUUGACCCUCUGGUGUCCCUCACACCGCCCGACUUCAUCCUGAGCCCCUUAGGAGGAGAUCCCCACCCCCAACACCUUCACAGGCAGCCUUAUACCUACAGCUCCCUACCACGCUCACUCAAAGGUGCCUUGCAGCGCAAUGGGUCCACAGACACAGACCAGUAUGUCAUGAUGAGUCUACAGAGGCAGCGGAUAGAAGAAGAAGCCAACUACUGUGCUGUCUGUCCAGGGGACUCCGUGAGCAGCAGCUCUCCCAGGACACCAGGUACCCCAUCCUCUGCUACAUCUCCUCUACGGAUGGCCCGGAUAGAUGGAGGUCUGGUUCACCGGAGCAGGCUGUGCCGGCCCACCCGCCUGGCUCUCGAAUCCCUCCGAGCGCUACCAUGUAUGAGCGAACACCCCCUUCCUUCGGAGCCACGCAGCCCUGGAGAGUACAUCAACAUAGACUUUAGCAGUGCUACACGUGACGCGCUGGCAUCCACAGCACCCACUGUGAGCUCAACAUGUGCAGAGAGGGAAUUCCUGCCACUUUCCGACUAUGCUAAUGUUGACGUCAACUCCCCCGGUCGCCUUGGACCUCAAGCCCAGGGUUCCCCGCACGCAGGAAAUGUGAACGGCACGUCCGAAAGCCCAACCUUUCCCCUGGUGAACCCCCAGAAGGGCAUGCAGGAAAUAAAAGAAGCAGAGGAGGUAAAAACCUUAAAUGGACAUGUAGAGGACAAGGGGGUGGAGGAGGAAUAUGUUCUGCAACAGCAGGUGAGCUUAGCGUGUCAGCCUGCACCAGUGAAGGAAGACUACACCGAGAUGACCUUCAGUCCUGCUGCCCCCCUCCCUGCCCUCUGCACCACUGACGCUGCUCCCCUCCCCACAAGCCCCACCUCCUGCAUCAAGAGACUCAGCCUGGAGAGUAGCAUGGAGGACGAGGUGCCUCACGUGCCAGUGGAUUCCUUUCUCCUGGGGGCUCCUUCGCUAUCCGUCACCCUCGUGGACCCCCACAGAGGGGCCAAAGUGAUCCGGGCUGACCCCCAGGGGCGUAGGCGACACAGUUCUGAGACCUUCUCCUCCACCACCACCGUCACGCCCGUGUGCCCGUCGUUCGCUCACGACACCAAGCGGCACAGCUCCGCCUCUGUGGAGAACGUGUCCCGCACCGUUCGAGGCUCAGAGGGACCCGACAAGGACCAUUCCAGCAGCAGCCCCAUGUGCAGGGAGACAUCCGCCGGCUAUCAAAACGGACUUAACUACAUUGCCUUAAACUUGAUGGAGGGAAACCUCGGAGGCUGCAGGGUGGGGGGCUGCGACGAGCUCCUCAGGUUCAAGGCGGCCUGCGGGUGCAAGGGCGGCAUGAACGGCUUCAGCUCGAGCCCCUACGCGAGCCUGGGAUUCAAGGAGACCGCUGCCGCCGUCAAAGAAUGAAGGCUGACGCCCGUGGACGCGGGGGUCCUCGCUGUAGCCAAGUCGACGAGGUCGCCGCGCGCCGACGCCCUUCGACCUCCUCGCCGCCUUCCAGGGUCCCGUGGACGGCCGUCGCCGUGGAAACCCGCUCACUCGACCCUCGCCUCAAAUCUUCCCUCCGCUUUCACCGGCACCAAAACCUUCAGGUGCCACUGCUGCUGUAGUACUAGACAAAAAAUAACACAAACUUAAAAGGACUAUUAACUCUAACUAUAGAUAGCCAACUAUUUAUCUAUUUAUCUCUGUAUGUAGGCCUGCGCACGUGGGCGGUUAUUCUGCAGAAUGUUAUGUUAAUUAUUGUUUUUUUUACAAUUCAUACACUUUCAUGUUUGUUUGGCUUUGGCCAACAGUUGCCAGAAACACUCACCUUAAGACCUGUGAACCAAACCUGGAGAGCACAUGCAAAAACACCUUACAUGCAUACAGAGUACAUGUAUUUAUUUAUUUAUCAUGUAUGUAUGCACUAAAUUAAAUGUGUGUGAUUUUUUUAUACAGAUUUAACUGCAAAAAGAGGUAUGAACAUAUUUAAAAAUCAAAGUUACCAUUUGCUUAAAAGCCUACCUCAGCAGAACCCAGGCUGGUACCAAGUCACACAAUAGAAAUAUAUAUGAAAUAUUUAUUUUCAGAGGUGAAUGUUUUUUUAAGAAUCACCAGUCCAAAGCCUUAUCUAACCAUCAGCCCCCCGUCUGGUGGACCCCUUUUUUAGUUUGGACCUAUAAAAACACAAUAUAUCAAAGAUUAAACUGAUCUUAGAGACUGAAUGUGCAUUAGAGCUGAAUGAUAAACAGCCUCUCUGAGAUUAAGUUCUCCUCUCCCUGCUCACAUUUCUGACAGAAUGAUGUAUUAAACUCCAGAGUAGUAUAUUUCCUAAUACGUGUGACACAGAGCAUUCAUACAGAACCUAGAGGACCUUAGAGGAAUACCUGGCAUUGCAUUGCGUCUCCAGUGCAACACUGCAGCAUGAAGCCGGUCCAGCAGGACCUGAGCACCACAUACGUGGCCUGUCUGAGCCCAAGCCUCAGCACCUUUACACACCCACGGUUCACCUGUGAUAUCCUGCACACCCACGCAGCCUGCAGGAAGUUAUGACCUGUCAGGACAACGAUGGGACCAUGAAUGUCUGAACUUAUUUAUACAGAGGGACCGGACAGCUCCAGCGCCUCACACAUUCUCUCACGACGCCUCAUUGCCGGGCUCUGUCACAGCAGGUGGCGCCGAGCAACGGGCCGCUCAACGGGCCGCUCAACGGGCCGCCCGGUAGCUUGAAUCCACAGCCGCCGCCACCGCAUGGUCUUGCACUUACAAGCUUUCUAGAUUGUAACACAAGACAUGUUGAAUGUAGUACACGCAGUGUUCCAAGGUUGGGAACACGCAACCCGACAACACAAUAGGACAACGGCAAACGCGAGCGCGACGCAUUCAGAGGUACUGAACGGAAACGACAACACAGACUCAAAGAGACAAACCAGGGGAAGUAUCUUCUUAUUUAUCUGAGUUCACUGGUACUUAACCUUUGCCUAUAUACUGUAAAUAGCGCAAUGUUACCGCGGAUUGUAUCGAAGCGAAUUUGGAGAGAUGUUAAGUUAAAUAACUUAUGUUGUUUGUAUUGUACAUAGUAUGUGUUUGAGUGAACUUUCUGAUACAACAAAAGCACUAAUUAAGUUAUAGCUAACCAGGAGGUUUGGCUUCGGUUUUUUAAAUUGUCACUGAAUAUUCUUGUGAACCAGACACCACUACGAGGACAUUUUCUAAUGCUGUAAUUCUGAAAACCAUUUUAAGCGAAAUCAUUAAUACUUGACAGCUAAUUCUUGUUACUAAGGUACAACACAAAUGGCAUAUAUGCAAUAUUUACACUUUUGAAAUUAGUUUACAAAGAUGCACCAAAUGUACAAAUACUGUUAAUAAUGUUUGUUAACGCUUAAAUCAGACUUUUGCUGUUUCUACAUUUUUUUCCUUAAAUUUGAAAAUGAAACUUAGUUUGUUUUGAGCAGUGUAUUGCAUUUGGAUAACGUUUUUAUUCGGCAUCUAAAGGUUACGACGUGGGCCCUGGCUUAUCUUGCUGUGUCUUUCAUUGUAAAUAUUUCCUAUCUUGCAUAAUGUGACGCUACUAAAAUUAUUUAAACUUAGUUCAUUGCUUUAGACUGUACUGAUUGUUAAUAGACACAUGCAAUAAAUAAUUAUUUAAGAAAGUGA